AUGUCUGACGACGGUCCUUUACUCGUCCGGCCUGUGCCCCGACGACCCUAUACCCUCCACCGACAAAGCGCAACCCCUCCUGACGACGAGGCUCUGAACUGCGACGCCUCCGCCUCCGCCUUCUCGUCCAUCGGCACCACCACUUCCUCGCCCGGUCUGCACAACCACCUCGCCGCCGCCCUCGCCGCAUGGAGCCGCGGCGGCGACAGCGCCAACCCGUCGGAGCAUGCCUCACCCGCCAUCAGCCGGCCCGCCUCCAUCAUGAACCUAACGUCAUCGACGCUCUAUGGCAUUUAUUCCCCGACGACCGGUGGCGGCGCGCGCUAUCGCGACGACGUCGUCGUGGACGACUCGCCGUGGGGCAUGGGUGCGCAGACGCCCAUCCGCCGGCCUGGCAUCGACGAGCCAACGUUUGCGCUGAUGCAAGAGCGCGCGCACCUCGACCGACGACGGUCCUCGUACAAGGGUGGCGAUUUGCCCCGCGCGCUGCCCCCGCACAUGAGCAGCGUUCAGAUCGCAGUGCGCACGGCCGUGCUCUUUGUGCUGGGUCUAGGCUACGGCGCGCUCGUCACGCGUCUGCAUGAUUCGCAUGAGGGCUUGACUGCUGAUGGGUUUGUUGAGCCUGGCUUCAACUCGACGUACUUGGGGGUCUGGGGCGUGGCGGGUGUGGUACUAGGCUCGCUGCUGCCUUGGUUUGAUGGUGUAUGGGAAGCUCGGUACGGUGAUGCAGGAGCAGAAGAGAACUGCGCAGCUGCAGAUGGCGAGACCUCUCCCAACCAAGCCGUCGACACGGGAUUAGACUCUGCGUUGGUGAUGCGCGCCAUUGGCGCGUUUGUCGGCAUAGUAUUUGCCAUUCGCAAACUCGCAUGGGACUCGACUUUGCAAAUCUCGGCUACACUGGCUCUGGCUAACCCGCUACUAUGGUGGCUCAUCGACCGCUCUAAACCCGGAUUUUUGCUCUCGGCGGCCGUCGGCCUGGUGGGUUCUCUCCUGCUGCUCGGCAUCAGUCCGGACAUGAUGCCGACGCCGUCGCUGCAGAUGCUGCGUGACGUAAAAUCCGUCAACGGCACCAGCCCCCUCAUUCCUGACAUCCAGGUCAUUGAGACGGGCGUGUGGAUGCUGAGUGUGCUGUUCUGCAGCUGUCUCUGCUUUGGCAACAUUGGACGACGACUGUUUUGGGGGCGCACGGCAGCGGGCAAGAGUCGUUGGGGCGGCGUGCGAUGA